AUGGCCUCCCUAACACUCCCUUCGCUUCUUCGCACAUCAACGCGCGCAUUGCGACUGAACCGCAUCCCCGCACUCACCCCAGCUUUCCGCUCCAUCUCAACGAAGCACCCCGCAGGCUUCACACCCCCGACUGAAGAUGAUUUACUAGAGCUCCGAGAGCGUGUGCAAGAAUUUACAAGGCGAGAGAUCCCAGCCGAUGUUGCUGCACGGACGGAUGAACAGAAUGAGUUCCCAGCAGAAAUGUGGAAGAAGAUGGGCGAUGCUGGCUUCCUCGGCGUGACAGCGAACGAGGAAUACGGUGGUUUGGGAAUGGGCUACCAGGCGCAUUGCGUAGUGAUGGAGGAGAUCAGUCGAGCAUCCGGUAGCAUCGGUCUCUCUUACGCCGCCCACUCUCAACUCUGCGUGAACCAGCUCUCCCUCAAUGGCUCCGCGGAACAAAAAGAACGAUUCCUCCCGGGUCUGCUGUCUGGCGAGAAGGUUGGCGCUCUUGCAAUGUCAGAGCACUCAGCCGGCUCCGACGUUGUUAGCAUGAAGACUACGGCCAAGGAAGUUGAUGGCGGCUGGCUCUUGAACGGAACCAAGAUGUGGAUCACCAACGGCCCCGACGCCGAUUACAUUGUCGUAUACGCCAAGACAGAGCCUGAGCUGGGCUCCAAGGGCAUUACAGCAUUCGUGGUCGAGAAGUCCUUCAAGGGCUUCUCAUGCGCACGCAAGCUAGACAAGCUGGGUAUGCGCGGCUCGAACACCGGCGAGCUCAUCUUCGAGGAUGUGUUCGUUCCCCGAGAGAACCUCUUGGGUGAGCUGAACCGCGGUGUUCGCGUUCUGAUGGAGGGUCUGGAUCUGGAGCGACUCGUCCUCAGUGCAGGACCUCUAGGAAUCAUGCAAGCCGCACUCGACCUUGUGCUUCCUUACACACACGUCCGUAAGCAAUUUGGGACGCCCAUCGCCCACAACCAACUGAUUCAGGGCAAGCUUGCGGACAUGUACACUAAACUGGCUGCCUCUCGCGCUUACACGUACGCCACUGCACGUCAGGUGGACAACGCCGCUGUCGGGCCUGGGGAGCUGACCGUUCGCACUCACGACUGCGCUGGCGCGAUCCUCUACGCUGCUGAGCGCGCGACUGAAUGCACUCUCGAUGCCAUCCAGCUGAUGGGAGGAAGCGGGUACAUCAAUGAGAUCCCUGCUGGGCGGCUUCUUCGGGAUGCUAAGCUGUAUGAGAUUGGUGCUGGCACUAGCGAGAUUCGCAGGAUGGUCAUCGGCCGCGCCUUUAACAGGGAGUAUGCUUAA